AUGCGCUACGAGAACUGGGAUGUUCUACUCUUCUCCGACGAGUCGAAAGCUCCGAUUCAGGAAUUCAAAACUCAGUGCUUCGUCACAAAGGACCUCGAUUCACCCUAUUUGAAAUACCACUCGACGUUCGGUGCAGCAAAUACUUACUUCUAUCCUCACCAUGGCAAUGUCGGCCAGUUGCCCAUUCUUACAACCUUCAUCCCCAGCGUACCCAAGGACACUGGCUUUCGAGUUUCGAUUCAUAAUUGGGAGAAGCCUCGGCCUAGUCGUCUGAUUGAAAGUGUCAUGCAACUGGAUGAUAUGUUACUCUACGAGGCCAGGGUGUAUGUUGAUGGGGACUGUGUCGGAGGCGGCAUCUUUUCGCAAAGGGCAAAUUGGCCCUACCUUAUUAAUUUCAGUUCUCAGAUGGACCGAGACGGCAAUCAAGACGUCCUCCGUUUCCCCCAGUUUCAUUCGGACAUCUUGGAACAACGACAUUGGGAUGCCGGCGAUUCGUACGGUAGAAUCAAGAUCGUUCUCACAGAGGGUUUUUCGCGUCCGCAUCGCUCGCCGCCAUUCGAAAGAGUCAAAGACGUCGUCGCCCUUUCGUUCCAGCAUGCUCCGCUGAAUAUCCUCGAGUAUUCGAACAUUGCCUGGCCAAACCCCAGCAUGUGGCAUCGCAAAUACAGCUCAGCCUCAAUCGACACCAAAGAUGCAGAGGGCCACGCCCACAACACACCUACCAAAGAGUCUCGCGCUCCUCUGCAACUUAUUCACGGCCAGGUUGUCCCCCGAGCUGCGCCCCCGCCGACAUUCUAUACCAAUUGGGCAACGAGCAGUAUCUUUGACGUGCCGAUUUCUCAUUGGCCUGCAUAUAGUACACAGGAUCCUCGGUGGGAUAUUGACCAAGAGAACGACAUCUUUACGACUGAUCCCAAUCCCGCCUGGCAACAGCGUGGUGCUCGUUCGUCCCGAGAAGAUGUACCAAUCGAUCCCGCCUGGCAGCACCGUGGUGCGCGUGCCUCCCGUGACGAUAUCCCAAUGCUCGAUUACAGUUCGUCGAAUAGCCGCGCUAUAUCCAGCGUUACGGGGAUGAGUUUCGAACACAGCAAACAACCAAGCAUGGCUGCUCUCAUGGAUGAGGAAGAUUUCACUGUUCUUCAGGAAUCCAUUACGCUAAGCAGCCCGAGUACGAUUAUCAAGAGCCGGAAGGAAAAGACCAGCGGAACUGGAAAUUCAAUCAACAUCAACAAGGACGAUGAGAAGGAAAACGAAAAGGGGAUUGAGAAGGUGGUCGAGACCGCGGUCGAGAAGGAGAAGGAGGAUAACAUGGUGACUCCCAAGAAGGUCUAA